AAGACCGAGGAGGUGUUGUCUCUGCUUCCGUUUCUGGUUUUGCUCCAGUGUUUGGGUUUUCUUCGCGGCCAAGAUGUACCGAUUCUUCGGAAAAGCGAAACCGAAGGCUCCGCCGCCCAACCUGACUGACUGCAUUGGCACGGUGGACAGCAGGGCAGAAUCCAUUGACAAGAAAAUUUCUCGAAUGGAUGCUGAGCUAGUGAAGUAUAAGGAUCAGAUCAAGAAGAUGAGGGAGAGUCCUGCAAAGAAUAUGGUCAAGCAGAAAGCUUUGCAGGUUUUAAAGCAAAAGCGGAUGUAUGAGCAGCAGCGGGACAAUCUUGCCCAGCAGUCAUUUAACAUGGAACAAGCCAAUUACACCAUCCAGUCAUUGAAAGACACUAAGACCACGGUUGAUGCUAUGAAACUGGGGGUAAAGGAAAUGAAGAAAGCAUACAAGCAAGUGAAAAUUGAUCAGAUUGAGGAUUUACAAGACCAACUAGAGGAUAUGAUGGAAGAUGCAAAUGAAAUCCAAGAAGCACUGAGUCGUAGCUAUGGCACUCCAGAGAUAGAUGAAGAUGACCUAGAAGCAGAGUUGGAUGCACUGGGUGAUGAACUUCUGGCUGAUGAAGACAGUUCUUACUUGGAUGAAGCAGCAUCUGCACCUGCAAUUCCAGAAGGUGUUCCCACUGACACAAAGAAUAAGGAUGGAGUCCUCGUGGAUGAAUUCGGAUUUCCACAAAUCCCUGCUUCAUAGACUUGCAUCGCUCAAGUACAUCUUGUAAAAUAAAUACAUAUUCUGGGACUAGGAACUAUUUAACUUUCCAAAUUUACCAUGACAGAUUAUGGUUUCUUUCCUUU